UAAAAAUGAAUGUGUAAAUGAAAUGAAUGCAAGUAUGAAAAUAUAUAAAACAUCUUAAAAUACAUAUGAAAUACACGUUCUUACAAAAAUGCACUGUACAGUAAAGUUAAUUUACACAUACAAACAACAACAAAGGUGUGAAAUACAUGAAAAGUUAUUUUACAAAAGUAUUUGGUUUAUAAACACUUAUAAAUCACAGAGCCAGUAGCCUUUCUGUGGUAGUAAUGAUAAUUUUAGUGCAUUAAGUAAAAAGUUAAUCGUUUUUGCAUUCCCAUCCAGUGAGACUAAUACACCUCACACUUUUAAAGCCUAGCUGGCAAAAGGUGCACUGAAAAAAUCAAUAAUAUAGUUGCUUAUGUAGCCCUUCUCAGUUAAGCAUUCCUAGUCUUUCUCCUCUCAGGUGAACAGCAGCAUGUUUGUCUCGCCGGUCCCUCCUCCUCCUCCUGAUCCUCCGUCAUGCUGCUUUGCCCCCCAUCCCCCUCCCAUUGGCUGGCAGCCGUCUAAACAGAUCCAGCUGCAAUCACCGCCACCGCUGCUGCUGCAACGAGCUGCCGGCUAUUUGAUCACCCCCAUCCCGCACAGCCUCUGCCUUCGCCGGUCUGCAAGCUCACGGACAUCUGCCAACACAUCCAUUAUGACGGGCGUCGCGGCUGCCUCUUUCUUCUCCAACGUUUGUCGGUUUGGCGGUUGCGGGCUGCAUUUCGAGUCCCUGGGCGAGCUCAUCGUUCACAUCGAAGAUAACCACAUCGACACAGAUCCCAGAGUUCUGGAGAGGCAGGAGCUGCAGCAGCCCACAUAUGUUGCUCUGAGCUACAUUAAUAGGUUCAUGACUGAAGCGGCACGCAGAGAGCAAGAAACUCAGAAGAAGAAGGUCCAACCUAAAAUUGCUAUAUCAGUCACCGGAGGUGUAUCUCGUAACAGUACGGCCACGCCCCCUCGACACAGCAACGGCAGCCUAACUCCACCCGUCACCCCUCCCAUCACGCCCUCGUCCUCCUUCCGCAGCAGCACACCCACAGGCAGCGAGUGUGAUGAGGAGGAGGUGGAGUAUGAAGACUCUGACAGCGACGAGUCCUGGACUACAGAAAGUGCCAUCAGCUCAGAGUCCAUCCUCAGCUCCAUGUGCAUGAAUGGGGGCGAUGAGAAACCCUUCGCAUGCCCUGUUCCAGGAUGCAAGAAAAGAUACAAGAAUGUGAAUGGUAUUAAGUACCAUGCUAAAAACGGGCACAGGACGCAGAUCCGUGUGAGAAAGCCCUUCAAGUGUCGCUGUGGGAAAAGCUAUAAAACCUCUCAAGGCCUUAGACAUCACACCAUCAACUUCCACCCACCUCUGUGAUACACACGCCAUCGGUUUCAAGUGUACCUAGUCAUCCUUUCAUUUACAUUUCUGGAUCACAUGUAAACUGGGAUCGAAUGCUAAUUUCAUUAUUAUUAUUAUUAUUGUUUUUCACUUUUUUUCUCUUUAUGUAUGUGAUUUUAUAUAUACAUGUAGAUAUACUUGAACAUUUGCACAUUCCAUGUAUAUCAUUUCUUUAUUGCUUCUUUUCCUUUUUUUUCUAUUCUUUUUUUGUAUGUAGGUGACAGUCACUGAUAAAUGAAAAUGACUGUGCUGAAGAUUAGGAAACGACAUAAACAUUUUUUUCUGAUUUUAAAGACUAUUCAGAGAAAAUGGUUUCAAAUCAGAAGAGUUAAGAAAUUCUGGAUAAUUUCUUUUUGUUCAUCAAACCUACCAAGUGAAAACUACAGUGGGUAUGUUGAAACGUGUAUAUAUAUGAAAUUAUAUAAAGACACAUUUAUAUAUAUUAGUAGCUAAGUUGUAUUAUCCAAACAUUUUAUUUUCCAUUAUAUAUUUUGCAGAACAUUUAUAUUCUGUUUUAUACAAGAAAUGUAUCUCAUCUUUAUGGACUUCUUUUUUUAUUACAUUUCAUAUUUUUAUUUGCUUUGUAGAGAAGCAGUCUUUUAUUGUCUGAAUUGGAAGGACAUUGAUCUCAGGUCACAAUACAGCUGCCAACUUUCAGACAAACAUACCAGUAAACAGGAAAAAGUCACUUCCACUCACGUUGUUCCAGAACAUUCCACCCAGAAUAUCCAAACGGCAGAUGUUACGCAGUGUAAAGUUACCUUUCCAGAUUUCUUUUGCAUGCGGCUGGCAUGCAGGCAGCACCUUAGGUGUGAAAUUGAAUUCUCUGCAUGUGGCCUUCUCCAGACGACUGCAAGCGGUCACAUGGUUUCUGUCUAGUUGCAUUUGAGUUCUGAGCAAUAUUUGGCAUAAUGAACCCUGAAUGAAGACACACUAUUGUUGAAGCCAACAAUAAUCGCAUUUAAAAUGCGCAAUGCAACAUCAGCUUAAAGAAGGGCAGAUUUUUUCAGCCCCGCUCCCCUGCUGUUAUACCAGCAGUGCAGAAGUGCCAAGUUAUUCUUCCCCAACAGAAAAAAACAAAACAAAAAAACAUGGAUGAUCUGCCAAACACACAACGGGUCACAUCUGGCUAUCCGUUUUGGUGCCUGUUAGCGGAGGAGCCUUAAAGAGGACCUAAACUUCUGUUUGUGUACUCAUCCUUGCAGUAUUUUUUGUCAGUUGUAGCUCGUACUGUCUUGAUUUCGGUCGUUGCUGUUGUUUAUUUUUGACUCGUUUCGGACUGUCCUCGUGGUUGUGUUUGUGUAAAUGUAUUUGUUAGCCUUCUGCUUGCCUUGUAUUGUAGGCUACGCCUUGCUAGCAUGACACGACCGCUUAGCUGCUCUGCUGUCUCUUGGCUUGUAGUCUUACUGUUACAAUCUUUGUUGUCAAAAGUAUUAUAUCAUUACUUUAUAUUGUUCCUGCUAGUAUUACAGUUCGAUAGUGCCAGAUGCAUAGCUGCCUGAAUAUAUUUUCUCAACUUUAAUUUUAAUUGAACGAUUUUUGCAUCAGUCCUGUUGUCGGCCAAAUAAAGCAUACCACGGUUUACAAAAAAUGUAUUUAGCAACUGCUUAGAGCUUAAACCUUUGGUGCAAAGAAGGACCAAGUAAGCUUUCCUAUCUACUAGUCUGUUUUUCUUGGUUAGGGUCGGUCAAAUGAAACAACAUGGACCAAAAAUGGCACUGCCAAAUCUCCAGAUAUGAAGUUUGGAAAAAUAAGGUGCUGUUCACAGAACAGUGAUGGUAUCAUAUUGUGUUUCAGUGGUUCUUUGAACUGUCCACCAUGGUAUUUAUAUGGCUUUUUGUGGUACAUGUCCAAAAACAUGAUAACACACUAUACUUUUUUGUUAGUGGUGCCAGGAUAGGACACAGAAAUUCAAUACGGACAAAUUGUUCCAUAUAUUUGGACCAGGUUCUGAAUUUAAACACUAAUAUCUUGGAUUGUCACCAUAAUUUCUUGGGAAAAAAAAUUGAAGUUGAAUGAAUGGGUAGUUUGUAAUUUCGAUGCCAAAAACUGGAGCUUGGGAAUGAAGGAAGUGUUGGAUGCCUAUUUGUGAGUGACUCAUUGUAGAUGACUCACUGUCCUGUUAUUUUCCCAUUCAUCCGGUGUCAUGUUUGUUUGUAUGUAUGUGUGUGUAUUUUUGGACGCUGUACCAGUAACCACAUUUGUACCCCUCUUUGGCUACAGUCAUUUGGUCUCAGCAUUGACACGCAAACUAGAACCUGUGAAACGUGAUUUUAUUGGACAAGAUCUGUGUGAUUCCUCACACCUACAAUGUAGUAAUGUGAUUGAGAUGCAUUUAUUUUGGAGGGAGUUUGCUAUACUAUAUAGUGAAUGUAUCGUAUUGCAAGUCUUUUGUAAAGUGCUUUUGAAAUUAUAUUUUCGUACUGUAUGUUUUUGUGGAAAAUGUUUUGUGGAACCGAGGCAAUUUGUAUGUGAGAUGACGUAUCAUGUGUGCGUGUUUGUGUGAACGAAUGAGAGACUCUUUUGAGACGUCUUUAUCCUCAAGCUGCAAUGUAAACUUUAGGACAAUGGUACAAAAAUAAAGAAAAGCAAAGAAGCGUG